AUGCCAGCAAUGGCUCCGCUGGAUAAUCCGCCUCCAGACGGGGAGAGAGAGGCUGUGGGCUCACUAGGAAUGGACGUGGGAGGAGGUGGAAAGGGUGUUAGCUCUGGUGAUAAGGAGGGUGUUGGCGCUGGCGAUGGGGAGGGCUUUGGCACUGGCGAUGGGGAGGGUGUUGGCACUGGCGAUGGGGAGGGCUUUGGCACUGGCGAUGGGGAGGGUGUUGGCACUGGCGAUGGGGAGGGUGUUGGCACUGGCGAUGGGGAGGGUGUUGGCACUGGCGAUGGGGAGGGUGUUGGCACUGGCGAUGGGGAGGGCUUUGGCACUGGCGAUGGGGAGGGCUUUGGCAGUGGCGAUGGCGAUGGUGUUGGCACUGGCGAUGGGGAGGGUGUUGGCACUGGCGAUGGGGAGGGUGUUGGCACUGGCGAUGGGGAGGGUGUUGGCACUGGCGAUGGGGAGGGUGUUGGCACUGGCGACGGGGAGGGUGUUGGCACUGGCGAUGGGGAGGGUGUUGGUGAUGGGGAUGGUUUCAGCAUUGGCGAUGGAGAGGGUACAGUACAGUCAUGGGGUAGAAAGACAGAGAUUGGGGAUGGAAAAGGCAAUCAAACUUGGGGAUGA